AUGUUAGCUGCAGCAAUGGCUUUGGGAUCUCUCUACGGUCCACAUCGGUAUAUGAAAGGGGUGGAUUCUUGGAGCAAUGCGGUGAGUGGAACCUAUAAUAACUUCUCAAGACUUGGUUGGUCAAUAGCAAUAGCUUGGGUCGUCAUUGCAAAUCAUUUGGGAUGGGGAGGAAUUAUUGCCGACUUCAUGGAUCAUCCGUUGUGGCAACCAUUGGGCAGGCUCUCUUACUGCGGUUAUAUCGCACACUUUUUCUUAAUCUCAUAUAUUUUCAACUUAGAUGAUCGACCAUCACAUUUCAUUUCAACCUGGCGCACGGUAGGAGCUGAAGGCAACACGGCUCUUUUCAUUCGUUACUUUCAGUAUAUGCAUUGGGGUAUACCAACAGUUGUUGUAUCAUAUGUGUUCGCUUUCUUUUGGAGCUGCCUUUUCGAAGUGCCUAUCAUAAAAUUGGAAAAGAUGCUGACUGCAAAUCUGAUAUCGAAAAAGAAGUCUACUCCUCCCAAGCGAAUCGUACAGGAAAGCACAAAGGAAGGCAUAAGCGAAGAAAGAAUGAAUAAUAUGGAUGAAAAGAUACCCAGUUGUUCUUAUAAAUUUUGA